CACUGCAGCUUCCUUUGGAUACAAAUUGGCAUUUUCCGGAAAUUUUUGCCAUCUUAUCUAAACCUACCCCACUUAAUUACUAAAUUGUCCUUAAAUUGAACAACAUCUGCAAAACUCGAAUACUCUGUCUAUCUUCACUCACUUUUGUUAUUCUCUCAAACUCCGAAUUCAGCACAUCUCUUCCUCCACAAAGACCAAACAAUUUCCCUCAAGGUUUCUCUCUCCUAACCAUAUAAUGGGUAGAAGAUGUAAUUUGUGCAACAUAAUUGUAGUUUUAGGGGUAUUUUUGGGAAUUCUUGGAAGUUGUAGCACAGGAGUUAACAGUCAGAUUUUAUUAAGUAGCCACAAAUUGAAGAUGUUUGUAGAUGAAAUUCCCAAUAUACCCAAAGUAUAUGGGUAUGAAGUUGUUGAUGGAAAAGCUGUUUCUACUUCAUUAACAAUCGGCAUGUUCCAAAAGUUUUGGAAAUUUCAUAGAGACCUGCCACCAAGUCCAGUGUUUGCCUAUGGUACAUCCAAGAAGAUGGCAACAAUACCAGGGCCAACAAUAGAGGCCCUCCACGGCAUAGACACGUACAUAAGAUGGCAAAAUCAUCUGCCUAAGAAGCAUAUCCUUCCAUGGGAUCGAACAAUACCAACGGCGAUCCCUCGAGAUGAGGAGGGGGUUCCGACGGUGGUGCACCUUCACGGUGGGAUCGAUGAGCCUGAAAGUGACGGUCAUGGACAUGCUUGGUUUACCAAAGGGUUUAAAGAAAGAGGGUCAUGUUGGAGUAAGAAAACGUACCAUUAUCAUAAUCAACAGCAUGCAGGAAAUAUGUGGUACCAUGAUCAUGCUAUGGGGUUGACUAGGGCUAAUCUUUUGGCUGGCUUGAUUGGCUCUUAUAUUAUACGUCACCCACAAGUUGAGGACCCGCUUCGAUUGCCUUCUGGAGAUGAAUUUGAUAGGGUUUUCGUUGUUUGUGACAGAGAUUUCCACAAAAAUGGAUCCAUUUUUAUGAAUAGCACUGGAAACAACCCAGACAUACAUCCAGAAUGGCAACCUGAAUAUUUCGGGAAUGUAAUAGUAGUAAACGGGAAAGCAUGGCCAUACAUGGUAGUCUCACGUCGGAAAUAUCGGUUUCGAAUAAUCAACACCAGCAACGCACGCUUUUUCAGAUUCUACUUGAGCAAUGGCCUCCCAUUCAUUAAUAUAGGAUCUGAUUCAGCCUAUCUUGAUCGCCCCACUACAAGUAAACACACGCUCGUGGCUCCCUCUGAGAUCGCUGAUGUUGUUAUCGACUUUUCUAAAUCCAAAUCCAGUAUUGCUAUGCUUUCUAAUGACGCAGCAUACCCUUUUCCAUCAGGAGAACCUGUCAAUGAUGCAAACAGCAAGGUGAUGAAAUUCAUUAUCAAAGAGCAACGUGUGCAUGAUUCAAGUUACAUUCCAAAACGGCUAAUCAAAUAUUCACCACCUAAGUUAUCCACUGCUUCACGGACACGCUAUAUUGCCAUGUACGAGUACACUAGUCCUUCCGACGAACCCACCCAUCUCUUCAUCAACGGCCUAUCUUUCGAUGCCCCGGUAACAGAGCACCCUAAGGUCGGGUCCAGUGAGAUAUGGUACGUCAUCAAUCUGACGGAGGAUAAUCACCCGCUUCACGUCCAUCUAGGACUGUUUGUGGUGCGAGAGCAAAUAAAGCUGUUGGAUUUCGACAAGUUCAAGGAUUGUAUGGUUGACAUGAAUGAUGCAGUGAAAUGUAACAUACACAAGCACGCACGUGGGAAAAAGAAACCUGUUCCGAAGCAUGAAAGAGGAUGGAAAAAUGUGUUCAAAAUGAUGCCAGGCUAUGCGACUAAGAUAUUUGUGAAAUUCUCUUACAUUCAUAGCAACAAUUCCUACCCUUUUGAUGCUACUAAGGAGCCUGGUUAUGUCUAUCAUUGCCAUAUAUUGGAUCAUGAAGACAAUGUCAUGAUGAGGCCAUUAAAAUUGGUAAAUUAGGAAGUGGAGGACGACCUGAGAUCGCAUGUUACAAAGAGGAAAUUUACUUGGUCGUAAUGGCCCUCGAUAGAUCAAUUACGCCUUCUUUAAAUCCGGUCAAAGUUGUAUAGUGUGGAAUAAUAAUAGCAAAGACCCUUUGUCAAGUUGAUGUCACAAUAAUUAGCAAUCUACACACUGUUUGUGCUCAGUUAUCCUUGACAAAAGCAAAAGCUUAGCAUAAA